AUGUGGCCCGCGUCGAGAUCUCUGCUCGCGGUGGCGCUCGUCGCCGUCACUGCCGCGGCGGAUCCAGUGGCGCGGGGUGCGUCAGACGGGGAUUCUGUGCGGCCGCAGCGAGCAGCCGAGGACGUGUUCGCCGGAGCAGACGGCGAGACGGUGGGCGACUCGAGCUGGUCGCUGGCGAACGGCGGGAUCGUCAGUGACAUGCGCGCGCACCUUCAGCGGAGGAGGCAGCGCGAGGGCGCCGACCUCAUCUCAGCAGCGCGCGGCGGUGCAAUCGGCUCGGCCGUCGCUGCCGUGGGCCGGCUCCUGCGCUCGCGCUACCUGCGCAACGUGCGGCGCUCGAUGCUGCUCGCGCUCAGCAUGUGGAGCUGGUACGUCUUCAACACGAAGACCUACGUUCGACCCGAGUACGAGGACUAG